UCCACCUCUUCCUCCGCUGUAAGGCGAUUGUAAACUUCCCGAAAGCCAGAGUAAGUCCGGUGUAGUUCAUCUUCUGCUAAAUCAGAGAGGAGACGCCGUGUUUCCAUCUGAUAUUCCUCUCAGUCUCUCUCUCUCUCUCUCGACACCAUUUACAGUAAGAAGGGCUUUCACACGGCAUUAUGGCACCAAAGAGACGGGCUGCUUCUGCUGUGCGGGCAGGGGGCAAGAAGGUGAAAGAGGAGCCAGAAACAACCGAGUCCAAGGAUCCUUUCACCUCUGCAAAGGAGGCCCUUCUGGCUGCAGGGCCACAGGUAAAAGGCAAGAAGAAGGUGGAUGAGCAUUGCUCCCUGUCAACCUGCGGACAGGUGUAUGAGGACUACGACUGCAUGCUCAAUCAGACAAAUGUUGGACACAACAAUAAUAAGUUCUAUGUGAUUCAAGUUGUUGAAGCAAACAACAAAUAUUAUUUGUGGAACAGAUGGGGUAGAGUGGGAGAAGUGGGACAGUCCAAACUUAAUGUGUUUGAUAAGCCCGAGAGCGCCGUCAAGGACUUUGAGAAGAAGUUUAAGGACAAGACAAAGAACAAAUGGAGUGAUCGGAUGAAUUUUGUGUCUCACUCUGGGAAGUAUACGCUUAUCGAGGUGGAUGGAGAGGAAGAUGCUGAGGUCAAGGUGGACAGUAUUGAUGGAAAGACGGUCAAAGUCUCAAAAAAUGUCCAGCCUUGCACCCUUGACGAUGCAACAAAGAACCUCAUCAAGCUCAUAUUCAGCAAUGACAUGUUCAAGGAGGCCAUGGAGUGUAUGAACUUAGACAUCAAGAAAAUGCCUUUGGGCAAGCUCAGUAAGCUGCAGAUUGCAAAGGGCUUUGGAGUACUGGAGGAAAUCGAGGCAGCCAUCAACCAAAAAAGCAAAAGAUCAUGUCUGGAAGAACUUUCCUCAAAGUUCUUUACCACAAUCCCACACAACUUUGGCCGGAACAGACCGCCAACCAUCGACAACCAAGAGAUUGUGGACCAGAAGAAAGAGAUGCUUAUGGUGCUGGCAGACAUUGAGCUCGCCCAGACUCUGAAGUCAGAGACUGAGAAGGCUCAGGAAGAGAUGAUAGACACAGUUCCUCACCCUCUAGACCAGGACUACAACUCUCUGAAAUGCAAGCUCACACUAAUGGAAAAGGGUACAGGAACAUUCAAGAUAAUAGCAAAAUACCUUAAAGAGACGUCAUGUGACUUUAAUGAACCAAAGAUUGUCAAUAUUUGGGAAGUUGAUCGAGAGACUGAGGGACAGCGCUUUAGGGAACAUGAUAAACUGGAGAACCGUCGUCUGCUGUGGCAUGGCACAAACAUAGCAGUGGUGGCAGACGGUCUGAGAAUAAUGCCCCAUUCAGGAGGCCGUGUCGGCAGCGGUAUCUAUUUCGCGUCUGAAAACAGCAAGUCCGCAAGUUAUGUGCGCACCUCUAAACGGACUGGAGUGAUGUUUCUGAGUGAGGUAGCCCUUGGCAAAGAAUGUACCAUCACCAAAGACAACAGUUCCCUGAAGAAGCCUCCUGCAGGCUAUGAUUCUGUGGUGGCACGAGGAACAGUGGAACCGGAUCCCUCCAAGGACAUCAUCAUCUGUCUGGAUGGCAAAAAAGUUGCUGUACCUCAGGGUAAGGCCAUUCAACAGAGCCAGUUCUCAAAGAGCUCCUUCUACAACAGUGAAUAUCUUAUCUACAAAGAGAGCCAGUGUCGCCUUCGCUACCUGUUGGAGCUGAACAUGUCAUACUAAUUCAGCUCAAGGAACGAGGCGGCGUCCUUUGAGAGAAAAAUCCUCUCUGUCUGUUUAAGGGGCUUCCUGAAAAGCUUUGCUAUGCUGUUUUGCAAUCGUGUCAUGACUCUGUGCCUUCUGUUAUAAAACUGACCUGGGUUUGAUAUAUCAUAUUCUGUGUACUUUUUUUUCCUCACCAUUUUACGAUUACAUGCUGCGUUAUAUCUGGCACCUCAGUUGUGGUUUUAGUUGCUUAAGGAAAAUAUCUCAGAAGAUAUCUUGGGCAUUUUGGCUGCAUGCUUUUGCAGUAUGUAUACAUUAUCACUACUACUACAUAGUACUGUAGUUCUGAAGUAAAAACGGUACCCUAUGCACGGAAAUGUUUAUAGGUGGAAGUAAGGUGCAAUUUAGCACUAGUAUUUAUGCACUAUUACAAAAUCUGGUAUAUUGUUGUACUUUUAAAGAAGACUGAAAGUGUGUCUUCAGUAUAAAGUAACGUGUAGUUUGGGCAAAUCUUUUGCCAGGAAGGUCUUCUCAUUAAAGUACUGACACAUGGUAUCAGUACUGAGCAACUGUGGCUGGGAUGUAAUUGUCUCGGCAGUAUUGCACAUAAUGUGAAUGAUUAGUUAAUAAACACAUAGCACCUCCCCAACUUGUUGCAAUGUUUUUCCUUUUUGUACACUUGAUAUUUUAGAAAACUUUCAGUAU